AUGACUCGUACUACUACUGUUGAUCAGAGUAAGCCUGUGUUCUUGCCAAAGAAGUUCAUCGAGAAGGCUCGUUCUAAGUCUAAUGUUCAAAUUAAUGAAAUCCAUACGUUUCUUGAGGGUUCUCCCGAGCAAUCGAAGCUUAUUCUUGAAAUGAUGAACGAGUUGGCUGGUGAUAGUUACUUGGUUGAGGGUACUGAAUACUACGAGCAUAAUAAAGCUACAUCCCGUGAAGCAACUGCAAAGAAACUCGCGCGUUUAGCAGGGUACUUGGAACAUGAUAUCAAACGUGCCCGCGACGAAUUCCAUAGGGAUGUGAGAGGGGAGUUGCAAGCCGCGGAUGCUCCUUUGAUAACUAAUAAGGAUUUGAGUUUUUUCCUUAAGCGGUUAGAUUUGUUGACAAUAGUUGACCCACAGUUGGUUACUAGGAUGGGUGUGAACUUGCUCUUAUUUGGUAACUGUGUUAGAGGUAAUGGUACUGAUGAGCAAAUUAGAUACUGGCUUCAGGAAAGAGGGCUAGCUUUGGGGACCGGUUUGUUUGGAUGUUUUGCUAUGACAGAGAUGGGUCAUGGUUCCAAUGUAGCUAAUAUCCAGACCUUGGCUACCUAUGAGCCAGCUACUGAUACAUUUAAGAUUACAACCCCGGACUUGGUUGCUACCAAAUGGUGGAUAGGAGGUGCUGCACAUAGUGCCACGCAUGCUACUGUUUAUGCACGUUUAAUUGUUGAAGGGAAAGAUUAUGGUGUUAAAACCUUUGUCGUUCCACUACGUGACCCUGAAACCAUGGAACUAUUUCCCACAAUAACAAUUGGUGAUAUUGGCGCUAAAAUGGGUCGUGAUGGUAUUGAUAAUGGGUGGAUUCAAUUUCAUGGCACUGUAAUUCCUCGCGAGUAUUUGUUAAGCAGGUUCACCAAGAUUACUCCAGGCAACCCCCCACGGGUUGAGACUAACAACACAUUUGAGUCUGUUUGCGGUUAUACUGCUCUUCUCUCUGGCCGAGUAGGAAUGGUAAAAGAAAGUUUCAGAGUUGGCCAACGUUUUGCCACUAUAGCUACUCGUUAUGCGGUUGGUAGGCAGCAAUUUGGCGAGCGUGGAAAUGAAACCCAAUUGAUUGACUAUCCCUUACAUCAAUAUCGUGUGUUACCGCAAAUCGCGUUAGUUUAUUUGCUUGGGCCUGUGUCUGUCAAUUUGGACAAAUUAUACUUUAAUACAGUAAACUCUUUGUACGCUGCUGGAUCUGAUAUUAAGAAGAUGCAGUCAGUUAUUGACGGUAUGAAGACCCUAUUUAUUGAGUCAGCAGCUUUGAAAGCCACUGCAACCUGGCUAGUUGCUGGUUUGAUUGACGAAUUGAGACAGAGCUGCGGUGGACACGGUUACUCGAGCUACAACGGUUUCGGAAAGGGCUACAACGACUGGGUUGUUCAGUGCACAUGGGAGGGAGACAAUAACGUGUUAUCCUUGACGUCUGGUAAAUCAAUCCUAAAGCUAUUCACGGAAGCUGCGAAAGGCAGGAAGUUAAAGGCUCCUAUCAGCUCUUUGUCAUAUUUGGCUCCAGAAUAUAUCCAAAAGUUAAACACUGGCGCGCUAAAUAACGUAACAUCUUUAUCCACCUUAUCUGAUUAUCAUGAAAUCUGGGCCGUAAGUUUAAUUAAAUAUUUGGCCUUCAGUGUAGGUGUGAUGAAGUCGACUAGGAACCCGGAUUCCAUUUCCAAGUAUCUUGUAUCAGUAGCCAAAUUCCACGCUUUCCACUCGAUGACAAAAUCAUUCUAUGAGCAGUUGACGUCAGACAACAGCUACAUUAAAGAUGAAGCUACAAGAGAUGUCUUAUGGAAGGUCUACAAGUUAUUCUCUGUGUACUUCAUUGACAAGUUCUCCGGCGAGCUCUUGCAAUUGAAGGUUUUAACACCUGACCAAAUGUCUUCCAUCAUUCAACCUCAAUUGCUAUCCCUAUUGCAAGAGGUGAAAGUACACUGUAUCAAAUUAACAGAUGCCUUCCAGUUACCUGACGCCUUUAUUAACGCUCCUAUCGGUUACUACGAUGGUGACAUUUACCACAAUUAUUUUAACGAGGUUACUAAAAAUGCUCCGAAGGAUGUUGCACCAGGUGUGCCGCCAUAUGCUAACCUCUUAACAUCGCUUUUAGGGCGUGAUUCUGGCUUUGAACGCAGUGGAGCUCCUUCUGAACAGCUAUUCAGGAGGUUGACUAAGUGA